AGCAUUUCUCGGGCCCAUUAUCAGCGGAUAUUUGUUGGAAACAUCAUGUCGAAAUGCGGUGAAACGACACCUCAAAUACCGCCUAGGCCUCGUUUGGAAGCCGAGACCCAAACAACGCCCCAGUACUCCUUCAGCGAUAUUGAACUUGUCGAGGAGGAGCAGGAGCAGACAACGCCGGAGUACUCUUACAGUGACAUCGAAGAGCAGGAGCUGGAGCUGGAGCUGGAGCUGGAGCUGGAGCUGGAGCAGCCUCUUGGGGUGCCCUCGAACUGGGGGGAGGUCUCCUACGAGCGCCGCAAGAAGAGGCUGCGGCACAGUCUGAAGGAGUGCUGCUUCUGUGUGGAUCUGCGGGUGGGCUGCUGCUUCAUGGGUUUCUUCGAGAUGUGCUCCUCGGCGAUGUGCCUGCUGUUUGGGGAAAGUAAUUUGCUGCUGUACAUUGGUCGUCUCGGCUACAUGGUGUACCUCAUCGGAUCGGCAAUGCUGAUGGUUGGCGCUCUGCUGGAAUGGCAGUGUCUCGUUAGGAUCUAUCUCUUCGCGAAUGUGGUGCAUCUGCUGCUGUGCCCCCUGUUCAUCGUUCAGCAUGCCCUGCGAACGUGUUUGUUUUGCUACUACGAAAUACUUUUCCUUUCUCUGCUACUGAACUCUUACUUGUACUUGCAGUCCUCGGUCUGUACUUUGAGCUGGUGGCCUACUCCUAUCUGGUGCAGAUGCAGUGGCAGCAUUCCCGUUUCUACAGGCCAUUUGGCCGAAUGGCAAGGGACGGCGUACGAAGAUACCGAAGGGAGGAUAUUGAGGAGGAAGAGCCUUCAGUGGAGAGUCAGCAGCAGAGCCAGCGCCCGAGCCAUGUGGAUUUGAUUGAAGAACCUUCCAAUUACCAGCAGUCAGUGCUGUAAGUCACAGAGCAACGGCGCUGUUAACGGCACAGAGCAAUCAGUGCUGUAAGUCGCAGAGCAACGGCGCUGUUAACGGCACAGAGCAACGGCGCUGUUACCGCUCUCAGUUAACAGUCUGCUCACGGCUCUCGUGAUAACAGCAAAGAAAUACUUCUACAGAGCGAUGUUUAAAACGAA